UCCUUGCUUGGAUGUGGGCCGUCUGAAAGCGCCAUCUUACUUCUUGUUAGAGUGCUGAGCUGUACGUUCCCGGUCUGAGCGCGAGGGAACCAGCCAUGCCGCUUUAUCAGACCUGGGAGGAGUUCACUCGUGCAGCGGAGAAACUCUACUUGUCCGACCCUAUGAAGGUCCGUGUGGUACUCAAGUACCGACAUUGUGAUGGGAAUCUGUGUAUUAAAGUAACAGAUGAUGUUGUUUGUCUACUCUACAGGACAGAUCAGGCUCAAGAUGUAAAGAAAAUUGAGAAAUUCCACAGUCAAUUAAUGCGACUCAUGGUAGCCAAAGAAUCCCGCAGUGUUGCCAUGGAAACAGACUGAAUAUCUGGAAAUAAAAUGAAUGCUCUAGUCACGUAUCACAGGAGGAAUGUAUCUGUUGGAUUUGAGCAGAUUUUGGAACGGACACAUGAUGGCAUCAAGUGGACUAUUAAAAGCUAAACUGAGUUUUGUAAGGAUUUUGGGGCUCCACUUCAGAGUGGCUGGUAGACUAUAUGCUUUCAUUGAAAGCUUGUAUUUAUUUUUCUUUUAAUUUGAAUGAGGAAAUACGUAUGUCCUUUCCUGGAAAUAUUAAAGGUUAAAGUACACUCAGCCAGCUUUAUAAGUUUCUUUCCUUAAAUCUUUAGGCCAUUGCCUAAAAAUGGAAGGGUUUCUCUGAUGGGUUGAAGAAUGCUGUUAUAUAGAGGGAGUUUUGUCAUUGAAUUUUAUGUUCUGUUUCUUAAAGAGAAAAAUAGUUAAUUAGCAAUGUAGAAUCUUUAUAUAUUGAUGUAUUAUUUAGUUGGCAAAUAAUAUCUGAUAAAAUGUUCUACUGGAAAAA